AUGAUUUCAUGGUCUAGUAGUCAAGCAAAAAAUUGUCGUUUCAUUGGAGAGAAAUGUAGCAAAACAGUAUUUGAAAGAUGUUGUGGAGAAUCUAUGUGUCAAUUAUCUUCACUAUUUCAUGGUAUAUGUGUAAAAUGUCUUAAAACAGGUUCUAUUUGUGUACAAGAUAAAAACUGUUGUUCACAUAAAUGUGAAUGGGGAAAAUACAUGCUGAAAUACUUUGGACGGAUUUCAGUUAUCCUCCUGAUUCUAUCAUUACAAGCAAUAUAUACUACUGAUGCUUGUAAACAGAUUGGUCAAAGAUGUUCAAAAACUGUGUUUGAUGCUUGUUGUGGUAAUACUGUUUGUAAACUAAGUGGUCCAUUCUAUGGUGAAUGUGUAAGGUGUUUAGAUUCAGGAGAGAGUUGCUGGAGGAAUUCUGAAUGCUGUUCAGGUCUAUGCACUUGGCUUACAUGUGUUUAACUGGUCAUAUUACCACGUCUGUAAAGAGCAACGCUGAUGGUGUAGUGUCAUGAAUAAAACUUUCAUUAAUAUAUCCUACUAAUUGAAA